AUGUCCGACAUGUACCAGCAUGACGCCUUUCUGUCGCGGGAGCAGCUCGACGUGGCUGAGACAAAAUAUGAGGAAGCCUCGCUAGAACUUGUUAAUGAGCGGACCGAGAUGAUCGUAUCGAAUGCGGAGGCGCUAGAACUGGCGCUCGCGACCGCCCAGCGGCGGCACGACGAGCUAGCGGACAUGAAUGAGGAAUUGGUGCGCGAGAAUCAUGAUCCGAGAGACGAGCUCGGGGUAUUGAAGCGGUAUCGGGGCGUGCCUAAGGGGGUCAUUCGAAUGACUGAUCGCAGGCUCAUCGGCCUCGGAGCUAGCUUUCUCAUACUAGAAUCGAAUCGAUAUUGA